AUGGAAAAAUAUUUCAAAAGAAAAUCAACAGAGCAAUCAUCAACUCCUAAUCCCCAAACUGGGUCCUCCCAUGAAAAAAAGGUUUUUGAGUUUGAAUUGGAAAAACUUCCUAACGAUCCUGGUUCAAGGCCAAAAAUGUCAGAUUAUCAUCCAAGUGAUAGAGAUGAAAUUAGAAGAUAUCAUUUGCAAAAAGGUCAUUCACAACCAAAAGAAAUUAUUUUUCCACAAAGAAAAUUUGGACAUAUCUUUCGUAUGUUUAAUUCGGAUUGGUAUUUAAAAUAUGGUACUUGGUUGGAAUAUAGCCAAAGUGAGGAUGCUGCAUAUUAUUUAUGUUGUUAUCUUAUGAGGUCACAUCUUGAAGAACAUAAAGGUUACGGUGAUGCCUUUAUAACAGAAGGCUUACAAAUUGGAAGAAAAGUGAAAGAUAUUUAUAAAGUUGGGAAGAAUUGUCGUGGAAAUCUUAAGUUAACAUCUCCUGAUAUUCAAAAGGAUAUUGUUAAAGUUGCUGCAACGGUCACUACUCAAGUUAUACUGGAUUAUCUUGGAGAUGAUUUAUUUGCUAUUUUAAUUGAUGAAUCUUGUGAGAUCUCAGCGAAGGAGCAAAUGGUUGUGAUUAUACAUUAUGUAAAUAAUGAGGAAAAAGUUAUUGAGCAUUUUCUUGGUAUUGUUCAUGUUUCAAAUACUAGUGCUCUAACAUCGAAAAUGACUUUGGAGUCAUUAUUUGCAAAAUAUGGAUUAAGUUUGUCAAUGAUGCAUGGACAAAGCUAUGACGGAGCAAGUAAUAUGCAGGGUGAAUACAAUGGCCUAAAAAGCUUGAUUUAA